CUCGCAGUCUAGCAGCGGGACUCCAGGCUCUCACUUCCCCAGCUGCUGACGUCAGCUGGCAGCCUGGGCUGAGCUCGCCGCUCCGGACAUAGCGCCGAGAAAAAUGCUGCUCUCCGUACCGCCAAGGGCAGGAAUCAACCCCUACAACGGCUACAACAGCAGAAACAGCAAAAAGCAGUCCUAUGUGUCCUCCGGCCACCAGAUGGCACCUCCCAGUCCCAACACCAACAGUAGUAGCAACAGCAGCGGCGGAGGUGGGGAACAGCUCAGUAAAACGAACCUAUAUAUCCGCGGCCUCCACCCAGGAACUACGGACCAGGACCUCGUGAAGCUCUGCCAACCGUACGGCAAAAUCGUUUCCACCAAAGCCAUUCUGGACAAAACUACCAACAAAUGUAAAGGAUAUGGCUUUGUGGAUUUUGACAGUCCAGCUGCUGCACAAAAAGCCGUCACAGCUCUGAAAUCCAGCGGAGUCCAGGCUCAGAUGGCCAAACAACAAGAGCAGGACCCCACCAACCUCUACAUCUCCAACCUGCCGGUGUCCAUGGACGAGCAGGAGCUGGAAAACAUGCUGAAGUCCUUCGGCCAGGUCAUUUCCACGCGCAUCCUCCGGGACGCCAACGGGACCAGCCGCGGCGUGGGGUUUGCAAGAAUGGAGUCCACAGAGAAGUGUGAGGCCAUAAUUCAGCAUUUCAAUGGCAAAUUCAUCAAGACUCCUCCAGGAGUGCUCGCACCCACAGAGCCCUUAUUAUGCAAGUUUGCAGACGGGGGUCAGAAGAAGAGGCAGAGCCAGGGGAAGUACCUCCAGAAUGGAAGGCCCUGGGCGCGAGACGGCGAUACGGGAGGAAUGACGCUAGCGUAUGACCCAACAGCCUUACAGAAUGGUUUCUACUCCUCACCCUACAGUCUGGCUCCAAACCGGAUGAUUGCCCAGACCUCUCUCUCGCCCUACAUGCAUUCUCCUGUCUCCUCCUACCAGGUACACAGUCCGUCCUGGAUGCACCACCAGUCAUACCUCAUGCAGCCAGCUGGCACAGUGCUAACCCCGACAAUGGAGCAUGCCAUGUCCAUCCAGCCCACGUCCAUGAUGGGGCCUCUCACUCAGCAAUUAAGCCACCUGUCUCUGGGCAGCACAGGCACAUAUAUUCCAGCCAACACUACUAUGCAGGGGACUUAUAUCCCCCAGUACACCCCAGUGCCUCCUUCCAAUGUCCCAGUAGAGGAGAAUGGUGGUCAGCAGCAGCAGGUCGCCAUGGAGAAUCCGGCAGAACAUACAAACUACUCCUACCAACACACCAAGUGAAGCUGAGCUCCCACCAAUGAGAAGCCGCAGGGCAAGAAACAAAUCCAACCAAAACAGGAUCAAGCUGGAAGAGAUCUCAACCACAACCAAUCACCGGGACUUGAACACGGAUAACAAAAGGAACACGUGUGUGCCAGUGCGUGUGCUUGUUUGUACUUGUGGGUGAGAAUGUGUGUGUGUGUGUGUGUGUGUGUGUGUGUG